UUCGAUAUUUAACUUUGUGCGAUUCAAAAUGAACACAUUAUUUGUGUGUCUCCUUGCCUCAGUCCUUGUGGUAUACGGCAGUGAAGAUAAUCUUCAGGAGUCGAAGCAGCAAGAGACGAGCUGUGUCAAUUACUGCUCGAAUAUUAUAAACCCUAUGCUAAAUGUUACGAGGAAUCUACGGAACCAAGUGAAUGAUUUUAAAAAUCAAACGAAAUGUUUGUCGCAGUUCGAGAACACGAAUAAGCUGAUGGAGAAGAAAUUUGCAUCGCAGGACAAAAAGAUUGAACAGAAAUUGAGAGACUUGAACACUACAAGUGAACAAAUUUUGCAACAAAUCAAUUUACAGGGUAAACAAGUCGAGCAACAACUGGAGGUAGUCAAAAAGUUAAUACCUGGACCACCUUAUCAGCAGAUUGGAUCAAAGUAUUAUUAUAUUGAAAAAUCUGAAAAAGUCAAUUGGUUUGGUGCAGUCCACAAAUGUCUGGCAAUGGAUGGACAUUUAGUUAAUAUCCAAAAUGUGGUUGAAUUCAACGCAAUCAAGCAGAAACUGCAAAAUCGUGAAGAUUAUUGGAUUGACAUUAACGUUUUAGCUAAUAAGGAUGAAUAUACUUCGAUUUCUACAGGUUGGAAAGCAAAUUUUUUUAUGUGGCAGUCAGGUGAACCAAACAAAAUCAACGGUAACAAUUGUUGUAAAUUGAAUUCAUCUCGAGAAUUCAAAAUGCGUCUUGAUGCAUGUAGUUAUAAACAAUUGUUUAUUUGCGAAUUUAGAAAUUAAUAAUGUUAAAUACAAUAUUAUUCCAGCCAGCCUAAUAAAUAUUA